AUGGCCCAUCGGCUGCGGUUUCAUUUUGGCUCUGGGCGAAGCAACACAGCCCCCGAAUCGGAGGUCCUCGACCGGGAAAGAGAAGAUGACUUUUUCAUGGCAUUCCACACUUUGCCAAGAAGAAACAGUCCUCAUGCUUUCUCCCGACACGGAGCAGAUUAUGGUGGGGGCAGCGAUUUUCAAGAAGUGGGCUCCUUAAAAAGGAGUACAUCCAUGUUUAUUCCCCAGCUGCUGAACAGCAUUGACGUGCGGCCGACAAGAAGCUCGUCGAUGCAGAUUUCUCUUCAGCGCAAAGCUGCGAGCGACUGUGCGGAUGAGAGUGCAACCCUGGAAUCUCCCGAGGAGACACUUCCUUGUAAGUUCCCAGACUUUAGGGAGCAUUAUGCAUCCCCCGUGGAAAACCAUUCUUCCUCUCUGAGCAGUCCAGAGGUGACUCCUGAAAAUUCUCCACCUAGGCUGACGGAAGAGUUAGGGCGACAGCUCAAUGGAACUCUUUGCUGUAAUCGGAGAAUAUUCUGUACUGUUCCCUCCAAUAACCAGAGCGAAGAUGCUCCAUCUACAGCCCAAGAAGAUGCGACAAAUGGAGCAGCUUCAGGUUUAAACAUAAGUGGCGUGAGGAUUCAGCAUCGUGCUUCCAGUGUAGAUGUGCCUCAGGUUACUCUAUUACCCUUUGGAUCUGAGGCUCAAAAUAAUGCCCCCACCCCUGAGCCCCGGCGUUGGUCUUUGCAACAUGUGCCAGAUAUGUCAGCAAAUUCAGGGAAAAAGUUCUUUGUUCUCCAGUUACAGCAACCACAGGCAAGUGGUACCGGUGGCGAAUAUAACUUUGGUUUUACUGGAACAAAAGGGGACAGGUUGGUCCGGUAUCCUCGGAUACGGCUAGAAAGGAGUACCUCCUACCCUGUCCAGCCACGACCGGAAGAAAUUAGCCCCACAGAUGACGGAUUGAAUUCAGAACUGCAUGGAAAUGGAAGGAACGGGUCAGAAAUAUCUAGAAGCAAUUCAAUAGAGAGGAUUCCUCAAGGGCAGGGAUGUUUGUUUAAAAUCAGACCAGAUCAAAAUACGAGGCAACAGCACUUCAGAAUCCUUGUCACCCGUAAUCCUGAAGAACAAAAUCAGGUUGUUGGUAAAGAUGGUCGUGGCACCCCUGGUCCUACACCAGCCGGCACCACGACUAGAGACGACUUCCUGGGUCAGGUGGAUGUGCCACUUAGUCACCUUCCGACCGAAGACCCAACCAUGGAAAGGCCAUACACGUUUAAGGAUUUCCUUCUCAGACCAAGAAGCCACAAAUCUCGUGUAAAGGGUUUCUUGAGACUGAAGAUGGCUUAUAUGCCUAAAAAUGGUGGUCAAGAUGAAGAAAACAAUGAUCAAAGGGACGAAUCUGAGCAUGGAUGGGAUGUGGUUGAUUCCAAUGACUCCACAUCUCAGCGUCAGGAGGAGUUACCACCUCCUCCACUGCCUCCUGGAUGGGAAGAAAAGGUUGACAACCUGGGGCGGACUUACUAUGUCAACCAUAACAACAGAACUACUCAAUGGCAUCGACCAAGUUUAAUUGAUGUGGGAUCUGAUUCAGAUAACAACAUCAGACAAAUAAACCAAGAAGCAGCCCAUAGACGGUUUCGCUCUCGGAGACACAUUAGUGAGGAUUUGGAACCAGAACCUAUGGAGAGCGGAGACAUUCCUGAGCCUUGGGAAACCAUUUCAGAGGAGGCAAGUGCAAGUGGAGAUUCCUUAAGCUUGUCAUUGCCACCACCUCCUGCAUCGCCGGUAUCCCGUACCAGUCCUCAGGAGCUAUCUGAGGAACUGAGCAGAAGACUUCAGGUCACUCCUGAUUCUAAUGGGGAACAACUGAGUUCUUUGAUUCAAAGAGAUCCUUCUUCAAGAUUAAGAUCUUGCAGCGUAACAGAUACAGUCGCUGAACAGUCUCAAUUAUCUUUGCAGAGUGGCCCAUCUAGGAGAGCUCGUUCUUCAACUGUCACAGGUGGUGAGGAACCAACGCCUUCAGUGGCCUAUGUACAUACUACACCAGGCUUACCUUCAGGCUGGGAGGAAAGAAAGGAUGCAAAGGGCCGUACUUACUAUGUCAAUCAUAACAAUCGAACCACAACAUGGACACGUCCCAUUAUGCAGCUUGCGGAAGAUGGCAUGGUUGGGUCAGCAGCAAGCAGCAACAACCACUUAAGUGAACCUCAGAUCAGAAGGCCUCGCAGCCUUAGUUCACCCACAGUAACUUUAUCUGCUCCACUUGAGGGUAUGAAGGACUCCCCCGUGCGCAGAGCAGUGAAGGACACCCUUUCCAAUCCACAGUCUCCACAGCCCUCGCCCUACAACUCUCCUAAACCACAACACAAAGUUGCACAAAGCUUCCUUCCUCCUGGCUGGGAGAUGCGAAUAGCGCCCAAUGGCAGGCCCUUCUUCAUUGAUCAUAAUACUAAAACUACUACAUGGGAAGAUCCACGACUGAAAUUUCCAGUGCAUUUGAGAUCAAAAGCUUCUUUGAACCCUAAUGAUUUGGGCCCCCUUCCUCCUGGCUGGGAGGAAAGAAUACAUUUGGACGGAAGAACGUUUUAUAUAGAUCAUAGAAGCCAGGUGUUGAUAUGUGGAGACAUUGAUACCAGAGACUUAGUGCCCUCAUACGAUAACAAAAUUACCCAGUGGGAAGACCCCAGACUGCAGAACCCAGCGAUUACGGGUCCAGCAGUUCCAUAUUCUAGGGAGUUCAAACAGAAAUACGACUACUUCCGGAAGAAGUUAAAGAAACCCGCCGAUAUACCAAAUAGAUUUGAGAUGAAGCUACACAGAAAUAAUAUUUUUGAGGAGUCCUACAGAAGAAUCAUGUCUGUGAAGAGACCUGAUGUACUAAAAGCCAGGCUCUGGAUUGAAUUUGAGUCAGAAAAAGGACUUGACUAUGGAGGUGUGGCCAGAGAGUGGUUUUUCCUCUUGUCCAAGGAGAUGUUCAACCCUUAUUAUGGUCUUUUUGAAUAUUCAGCAACGGACAACUAUACACUUCAGAUUAAUCCUAAUUCAGGUCUUUGUAAUGAAGAUCAUCUUUCGUAUUUUACAUUUAUUGGACGGGUUGCUGGUCUGGCAGUAUAUCAUGGGAAGCUAUUAGAUGGCUUCUUCAUCAGACCUUUUUACAAGAUGAUGUUGGGGAAACCAAUAACUCUAAAAGACAUGGAAUCAGUGGAUAGUGAAUACUACAACUCUUUGAAGUGGAUCCUGGAAAAUGACCCUACAGAGCUGGAUCUCAUGUUUUGCAUAGAUGAGGAAAACUUCGGACAGACAUAUCAAGUUGACCUGAAGCCAAAUGGGUCAGAAAUCAUGGUAACAAAUGAAAACAAGAGGGAAUACAUUGAUCUGGUCAUCCAGUGGCGGUUUGUCAACAGAGUUCAAAAACAAAUGAAUGCUUUUUUGGAGGGAUUCACAGAACUUCUUCCAAUUGACCUGAUUAAAAUUUUUGAUGAAAAUGAACUAGAGUUACUGAUGUGUGGCCUUGGCGAUGUUGAUGUUAAUGACUGGAGACAACACACAAUCUACAAAAAUGGUUACUGCCCAAAUCAUCCUGUUAUCCAGUGGUUCUGGAAGGCUGUUUUACUGAUGGAUGCUGAAAAACGGAUUCGAUUACUGCAGUUUGUUACUGGGACGUCACGCGUGCCUAUGAAUGGAUUUGCUGAACUUUAUGGUUCAAAUGGUCCUCAGCUGUUUACAAUAGAGCAAUGGGGAACUCCUGAUAAACUGCCCAGAGCUCACACAUGCUUUAAUCGCCUUGACUUACCUCUUUAUGAAUCGUUUGAAGAUUUGCGAGAGAAGCUACUUAUGGCAGUUGAAAACGCUCAAGGAUUUGAAGGAGUAGAUUAAAACAAAUACUUUUUCCCCCCAUUCAAGCAAGUUCUGCUGCACUUUUGCGUUUGCCUAACGGACUCUGAGUGACUAUGGCAGAACAGUUGCACAACGUUGGUUCAUGGAGCAAACCCUUCAACAGUGCAGUUGCCUAAAUUCAGAAUUUUGAACUAUAACCUGUGGAUGGCUUUUUUGAUGUUUCCACAGCAGAUUACCAACUGGUUAACUUGUACUCGGAUUACAUUUCAGCAGGACUUACUCUAUUUAUGUUGUGCCUCUGUAGGCAAAGCCCUUAAUAAAUAUUUUACAUAAUUUCUAAUGACAAUGAAUGGAAUUAAUCAUUUUACAGGUAUAGUAUUACAACUCAUGUUUACUUUUUAAUUCAUUUAGACAUUUUCAGAUUAUAUUUCAUUACAAUUAAAUAUCAUGUACUUGGAAAAAAAAUGAGCAUUUUUCUUAAUUUCUUACAAGACGAUGCCAGUGUCCUUUUUUCAAAGCACAUGUGCACAUGGUGAGCCUUGUUCCCAAACCAUUAAGAAAAUAGGAGAAAGCUAUGUUGGGAAUUUUCUCUAUAUUGGCUACAUCAAGAGUAACUCUUUUCAUUGAGCAUAUAAAUAUUUUUCCAUAUCCAGAAAACAUAUGGAUUCAAUGUUGCAUUUUUGUAUAAAUAAUAGAAUAGUUAUGAGUCAAGAGAGAAUCAUAACAUAGCAUGCCAAAUCUCAUGUUCAAUAAAAAAAAUUGCCUCAUUAUUCCUUGGUAAUAUUUACAUGUACUAUAAAAACAUUUUGGGGUAGGGUUGGCAUUAAUCAUUUUAGGAAAAUAUGCUUAACCCUGUCAUUAUCUUUGUAUAGUGAUUCUUUUAUCAUUUUUUCCUCUUUACUGUUUGCAAUGGAGGCAUUUUGAAAGGAACCUGGCACUAUGUGAUUUGGCACUACGGAAAACAGAUCUGUUUUGUCUCCUAUUUGUAAGCAUUUGCUAAUGGUAUCUAAAUAACAAUUUUUUUUGUUUGUUUCUAACUGCACCAACUCUAAAGGCACUUUAUGUAACACAUGGAAGUCAUAUCUGUUUUUUAUCAUAAACAUUAAUGUGAUUAUAUUCCUUCUCACUGCACAUGUCUUUCUGGUGCAAUAUCUAUCAAUUGUGAAUCUGGCUGCUGCUGAUGUAUAAAAGAAAAAAAACAGAUAUAGAGCUGAGCCUGCAGACAUGUUCCUCAGCAAUUGUUUUUGUGAUUUAUUUUUUACUUAAUCACAAAGAUUUAUUUAAUAUACACUAUCUAUCUAAUCAGUUUUGUUACCUAUGACAUGUUGCAUGCUUAAACUAUAAUGUCUGAGUUGCAUCUCUUGUGUGAUGGAUUAAAAGUGAAAGAUUUGUAUUUGAUCCACUGUAGUUAAAUGGUUACAGUAUUACUACAGUAGGUUUGAAGGGAUGGCUUCAGCAAUUUGAUGAUCUUCAGUUUUCUAAGUUUAGUCCGCAUACUUACUAUGCAUAGGAUUUUUCCCCAAGAGCCCAUCUAAUGCUUUAUGAGACAAGAUGACACCACAUGCAAAAAACAAAACUUCACCUUGUUGCCAACAGUGGUGGCCUUACCUGCUUCACGGCUCCCACUGGCAAGUACAGUCCACUGCUGACAAUAAGCAUCCACAGUCCAGAAACUUCAGCAUGUUAAUACUUUGGCUAAAAACGCUACUGGAAAGAAGACAACAGUAAUU